GUCUUGGUGUGCCAGGACGCUGGUGCAUGGAAUGAGCCGUAAAGACCUCGAGACGAGGCAAAGCUGUGUAUCUGAGUUGCUCUGUCUGCGAAAGCGUGCCUUAGCUUGCAAGAAGGUUCCUAAGAGACUGUGCCGGUUCUGUUGUUGUAAAGCCACGAAGCCCUGUAUUCUGAGUUCUUAACUUCAGGUUCUCAGGCAUCCUGCCAAGGCAUUCGAACAUCUCCGUCUGCAGUGCUCAACACAUCAGAACGCAACAGCCGCGCAGCCUGGGAGUUUCGCAGGUCCCUUGCUACAUCAUCCUCUUUGGAUGCUAGUAGACACACGAUGGCCCAAUUCAAACAGUGGGCAUUGGAAUAUGUGCUCUCUGACGACGAAGCCGCACAGUCAGCGAUCACGCAAAAAGCUGCGAGAGAAAUUGAGAGCUCCCGUGCCAGCAGCACAGUGGUGGGGAGUUGGGCCGCCUCGGUGCAGCAAUGGAUGACUCCAGCAAAUGCCGACGAUGAGCGAAUGGACAAUGGGGAUGAAGCGGGAAGCGGAGAUAUCAUCGCUCGGGCUAAAGCUCUGGGUUUUCUAGCAGGGACUUUGGAGGCGCUUGACAAGAGUGUGCUCAGGUCGGAUCAAGUCCUCCGUCUCGUCGGUUUCUUUGGGGCCAUGUUUUCGUACGACCACAAGGCAGGCAUCACAGCAUCUGCAAAGGCCCUACGACGGCUCUAUGCUAUGAAGGGCUUCAAGCCCGAUAUGGGCAUCAAGAUCAUGGAAGAUGUCUGCAAGAUCCAGGAGGACUUCCGUCUACAGACUGCGUCUACCCGGCUAGAGGUCUACGAGCUCUUUGUCAGCCUAAUUCAAGACUCCGCUGUAAGCAGUGAGUUGAAGCACAAGUACGGGCCGUCGUGCGGCUUCGUUGUCGACUUGCUCCAGGUGUGCCAGAGCGAGAGGGAUCCGAGGAAUCUUAUGGUCUGGUUCAAGAUUCUUGCCGUCCUGCUCGCCGACUAUGAGCCCUCGCCUGAGGUGACCGAGGAGAUCUUCAAGGUUUUCUCAGCCUAUUUCCCUAUAUCGCUGCGGAGUUCUGCUGCCCCCAUCGGCAUCACGGCCGAGGAUCUGAAGGAGGCGGUGCGGAGCUGUUUCGCAGCACACCAGCGUGUUGCGAACCAUGCCUUUCCCUUCCUCAUCCAGAAGCUCGACCAAGGAGACGCCGUAACGGUGGCUGUCAAGGUUGACAUCCUGAAAACCAUCAAGGCAUGCAUCGAGCAGUACAGCAACCCUCACGCAAGCAUCGUCCCCCAUAUCGAAAACAUCUGGAGCUCUCUCAAGUACGAGGUUCGAAACGGCGAGGUGAAGGAAACCAUCGACGCAACGCUGGAGGUGCUGCGGGCGAUGGCCAGGAAGCUCGACGGCACGAAAACACACAAGUUCGACGGGUCAUUGCUCUCGGGCUACGUUGACCUGGUCUCCAGGGACUGCCGGGAUGACCUUGCAAAUCCGACUUACACGAAGCAGGCCGGAUUACUAUUGAUGACAGUCAUAAGCGCCAAUAUCAGGGCUUAUGUACUCUACAAUGCCGGUUUCAUUGAUACCAUCCGGCAGAAUCUCCGGCAGCCGAAGUCUCCCUCCCACUCAUGCGAUCUUCUGCUCCUUCUCAACUCCCUCCUCAAGUCGCGGAUGGAACUCUUCAAGAAUCGAAACGGCGGACACCCGGACGACGAAGGUAGUUUAAGAACAGAACCCCAUGCACACCUAGACACGCUGUUCCACGACGUUUACCUACCAAUAUGGACCGCCAAGGGCAAUGAGCCUGCUUCGGAGGAGAAGGACAUCCUCAAGCAGGUCAUCCAGGGCCUUGCCCUGCUUGUCAGCCAACAGGUGUUACAGCCAGACGGAACAGCGGUCCUGUUGUGCCCUACUUCUGUCUGCUCCGAAAUUUGCUCUCUUCUGACCGUCAUGCUCACGAAAGGGUUGACCCUGAGCUCCAAUGAUAACCAUGGCGACGACGAAGCAUUGGAGGGAGAAGCAGUGCUAGCCUUGCGAACGAUUGUAAUGAUCUACCAUGAGGGCUAUGCACAGUUUAUGAGGAGGGCGAUAGCGGAGGUCCAAAAGCGUGACUGGGCCAGCCCUUCCGAGUAUUCGUUAAGCGCCUUUAGGGACCUGCUGUCUCGGUCAGCAUUCAUCGGCUGCUCCGAGAUACCGUCGAGCAUCACAAGCAACGCAUCCUCCCCGAGACAGUUCUCACCCCUCCAGCAUUUCAUCACACUCACGGCACGGCUUCUAGAGAUCUUUCCGCUCUCAACACAGAGUACGUCACUGCCGCCGACGGGCUCAACGCAGUCCUGGUCGGCGAAUGCGCACAUCAUCUCCUCACUGCACGCCUCCGUCCUGUGGUUCCGCGAGGCGUGCGAGGUCAAAUAUGGGCGCGAGGUCCUUGCUUCACAAGCUGGCGCUGAUACGGACUGGUCGGAGGAGUUUCAGCAGCUCCCCAAUGACUGGCUCCUGCGAAUACAAAGCGGUGACGCACCCUCUGAUGCGGCACAGGCCACGUUGACGGAUAGUGGCCCCGAGGUCUACCGCCAGUUCUUGAGAGUGAGCAUCUUCAUUGUGAGGCACUUCUACCGACUCGCAUCAUCCGGGGCCCGGGGACCAUGGGAUGAGCGAGCCCUUGUCCAACUCUCGCGGAUGACGGCGUUGGUCGUGCGAAGUCUUGACGAAAAGCUGCAGGUAUCUUGUAAUUUGGCCGCCGAGGCCUUUAAUUUCUUCAACUCGGACAGCCCCCCGGCACAGCAGAGUGUACGCGGUCUACAGGAAGGCCUGCUCACGCUAGGGAUACUUCAGGGGAUGCGGCCAGGGGCAUUGGCCGGUCUAUACGAGCUGAGCGGCGAAGCGGAAAGAUACAUGUGUGACACGACCAGCUUCGGACACUCUGCAUCGCAAGAGAGUGAUGUCCGCGCGGCUAUAGGGGCGAUACUUGUCAACAAGUACAAGGACGGCCCAGCAUCGUCGGACCGUGAGUCACUGCUGAUGAAGCGGGUUCUCGACUUUUGGGCAAACUGGAUCAAGGAGGCAACGGCCUCGUCGUCGGUGGAUACGGAAAGCUUCGCUUACUACAACAAACUCGCCAUGAACGUCAUCGCCGGAGCAGCAGCUCGCCAGGACAAACAUGUCCUCGGUCUCAUACCGGUCCUGCACCAGGCCGCAGCGAGCCAACACGGCAACGGCGAGAGAGUUGCCGAAUCGCUUGGACUUGUCGUCAAACAAAACGACAUCCUCACCCCUGACAAUCACGCAGUCGUCAAGCGCUUCUACAAGCAGUGGGUUUAUGGUCACCUAGUCAGGCCGCUGCUCCAGGACGCUCAGCCAGGCGCCAAAGACGCCCACACCGCAACCCGGUAUCGUGUCGCAGUUCUCUCCGUCAUCAGCAACUGCCCGUUUACGGUGUACCAAGACGAUCUGGAACCCCUGAUGCGCCUGCUCGUCUCCGCUCUCAAGAAUCGCGCCGGCCUUUCCGAGGGCAUCGCAUGGUCCCACGUCGUCUCGGCGCUCGAGAUCUUGGCGGAAAUACUCGCCAACGAGCCGGAUGCUCUCAAGGGCUAUCUGAGGGAGGUAAUUGGCGGCACCACCGAGGUGUAUCAGGAAUGCGUCCAGAAGAAGAGCGCCGCGAUGAUUGCCCAGCCGGCGACCCGUACGUUGUGCCGGAAACUAGCGCUGCAUAUACUCGGUGCCAUUCCCACUCGGUUCGAGGAGCGGCACGUGCUGGCGUUCGCGCCGCCGACGCAGCGCUUGUUAGCCGUUGCGUGCGGAGACCCGGUUAGGAAGGUGCGCGAGGUUGCUCGGAGGGCGAGGAGUGCUUGGGCGAAGGUUGUUUAACUGGUUGCUCGAGCCUGUUGGCGUGCAUAUUGUGUAGAACUCUAGAAAGAAAUACGGAUACCGGCGGUGAGAAUGGCAUGAGCUUCAAGAUUAUGGGCACCAUCCGUCGGACUGGAGGUCAAUCCUAACGCC